AUGGGAUUAAUAAAAACUGGAAUUCUCGGAUUAUUUAUAGUCUAUACUGUUUCUUUGUAUCUGAGAUCAGGUAAGACUGAUUUUGAAAAACUUCCAAAUACUUGGUGGGGGCCUGGAAAAGAAAAACAAGUUGAUCAAAGUGUUCGUCCAUUUAAAGUAGUUUUUCAAGAUAAGGACGUCGAAGAUUUAAAAUUAAGAUUAAAAAAUACACGACUAGCAAAACCGGGAUUAGAAGGUGCUUCUUGGACCUAUGGCGUGCCUUCUCAGGCAUUGCCGAAAAUAAUUGACUUUUGGCUAAAUAAAUAUGAUUUUAAAAAAAGAGAAACCUAUGUGAACAAGUAUCCUCAAUUCGUAACGAAUAUUCAAGGUCUGGAUAUUCAUUUUUUGCACGUGAAGCCAAAAGAUGCGAAAGGCAAGAAAGUUCUUCCGUUAUUGCUACAACACGGUUGGCCAGGAUCGGUUUUGGAAUUUUAUAAAAUAAUCCCACUUCUUACGAAUCCAAAGACAGAAUACGAUUUCGUUUUCGAAGUGAUAGUUCCAUCACUGCCAGGUUUUGGAUUUUCCGAUCCGGCCGUAAGACCAGGUCUUGGGGGCAAUGAAAUGGCAGUCGUACUCAAAAAUCUUAUGUUGAGAUUAGGAUUUAACAAAUUUUACACUCAAGGAGGUGAUUGGGGCGCUAUAAUUACUGCCAAUAUGGCUGCAAUGUUUCCUCAACACGUACUGGGAAUGCACUCAAACAUGUGCGUUGUUUCAUCGGCUUGGAGUACCGUGAAAACCUACUUUUUCAGUUUCUUUCCAUCUCUUUUGCUACCAGAAGAAGAUCAUCAUUUGAUGUAUCCAAUGGGUGAACAUUGGUCUAGAAAAAUUGAAGAAACCGGAUAUUUGCAUAUUCAAGCGACAAAACCUGACACUUUAGGUGUUGCUCACAGUGAUUCACCAAUAGGCUUGGCUGCCUAUAUUCUUGAAAAAUUCUCAACAGGCACAAAUCCCAAUUACAGAAUGAGAGACGAUGGUGGUCUUUUUGAAAAACAUACUCCUGAUGAACUCAUUGACAAUUUGAUGUACUACUGGAUUCCAAAUACAAUGACAACGGCCGUGAGAAUUUACGCUGAAACAUUUAAUAAAAAAAUGUUAAAACCUGGAGCGCAUAAUGCGCCGAUAAAUGUACCAAGUGCGUGUGCUCAAUUUCGUUAUGAAAUUGCGUAUCAGCCGGAAUGUUUGCUCAAAGAGCGCUUCAAAAAAUUACUUCGUACAACAAAAUUCCCUAAAGGUGGACAUUUUGCAGCGAUGGAGGAACCCCAACUUUUGGCCGAAGAUAUUUGGGCAUCAGUGAAAAUCUUCGAAGAAUCUAAAAAGAAAACAAGUUCUUGAUGUAAAUUAUUUUUCUAAUUACAAAGUCGAAUAUUCACUUAAA